AUGCAAUCGACUGAGAAGAAACAUAUGUUGACUGGAGACAUCUAUAACUUCAGUUGUUAUUCUCAAUGUUGUUGUGUCGUUUGGUCCUUCGAUUCAUCCAUUAAUUCAAUUCGACGGACGUCAAGCAAAACAAACUAUAACAAAUAUCUGAUCAUCACAACCAUCUCAAUAGUUUCAUGUCGAUCAUCCCCAACGAUAAAAGGCUUACGUCAAGGUAUUGUCUACGGUGCUAAAGUACGUUUUGCACAUUCUCUUGUCCAAGCCAUCUUGUUUCGUCGAGAGCCAUGGCCACAGCGAAUUCGUUUUAUUAUUCGAAUGAGUUAUUUACAUGGGAAAAACUUAGGUUUAUUUGUCUUUUGUUAUAAAACACUUCGAACAAUCUUUGCAUCCGUUUUUGGAAUCUCAAAACCAUGGCGAGCGUUCGUUUGCGCUUUCAUUGUUGGUUAUGUGACUUUUAACGAGCAUAACAGUGUCAAUGAACAAAUUAUUUACUACCUUCUCGCAAGAAUCACAGUUGGGCUCGCACGUUAUGCACAAAAACGUGCUUGGUUACCGCGUAUUCAACAGCCGGUGUUUCCGUGGUUCGCUGCAUUCGUUUGGGGUGUGGUUCUUUGGUUGUUCGAGUGUCAUCGAGAAACAUUACAGCCAUCAUUGACGCGUUCAAUGGUUUAUUUAUACGACAAUUCCGAACGAUGGUCAUCGUGGAGAAAUUUUCUUGUACGCGAUUCUCGCCCGUAG